UCGAUUCGACAGGCAGUAGCCGUCACACGUCGGAACAAGUCGGAUGGUGUGCGACCGCAUGUAUCGUGUAAUUCGCGUGUGUACUGUGCAUAUGUUACCAAACAGUUCCUCUAAACGCAUACUCGAGUACUUAGUGGAGAUAACACUAUGAGCAAGUCAGAAUCAAAUGGGAAGGUGGAGCAGACUCCAUCUGACUCAUCAUCUGUCACACCAGCAAGAGCCUCAUGGGGCCGGCCGAUAGAGUUCAUUUUAGCAUGUCUCGGAUAUGCCGUGGGCUUGGGAAACGUUUGGAGGUUUCCCUACUUGGCUUAUAGGAAUGGAGGAGGUGCCUUCUUGAUACCAUUCUUUCUGAUGUUAGUACUGAUCGGAUUGCCGCUCUUCUUCUUGGAACUGUACGUAGGACAGUUCACUGGAGUAGGUCCCUUGCAAGCCUUCAGUGCCAUAUCUCCUUUCUUCAGCGGCCUUGGGUACUGUACUCUGGUCGUCAUAAGCAUUAUUUCUAUCUACUACAUGAUCAUCGUUACUUGGACUCUGUUCUACACUAUUGUGUCCAUUACUGGGAAUUUAGCGUGGGGAUCCUGUGAAAAUGAAUUUAAUAGUCAAUUCUGCUAUAGUGGAGAAUAUGAUCAGCGAUGCAGGGAGAACAACACAGGAGCUGCUACAGAUUUAACCUUCUAUCUUAGGCAGUGUAUGAGCAUCGGGGAUAUCUGUGAACUAACUGGAUUCCAGCGUUUCGAUGGAAAAAGUUGCUGGAACGGUACAGAAACGAUCCCCUGGUACACUAAUGUUACUAGGGUCCUUGCUUCUCAGGAGUAUUAUAAUGAGCGCGUGCUAGGCCGUGGCGACGCCACUUGGGAGAGCUGGGGCACGAUCCAGUGGCAUCUUGUGGGCUGCUUGUUCCUCUGCUGGGUUGUCGCGUUCUUCUGCGUUAUCAAGGGUGUCCAAUCGGCCGGUAAAGUGGUGUACUUCACUGCACUGUUCCCAUAUGUGAUGCUGACUACCCUUCUAAUCCGAGGAGUGACGCUAGAGGGCGCUUAUGACGGAGUAAUGUUUUAUAUAACACCUAACUGGGAAACUCUGCUUGACGGAAGAGUGUGGGGAGACGCUGCUUCUCAGAUAUUCUACUCGUUCGGUGUGGCGUGCGGUUCCUUGGUCACGCUCGCCUCCUACAACAACUUCCACAACAACUGCCACUUCGACGCUGUGUUCGUCAGUAUCACCAACUUCCUGACAUCCAUAUACGCUGGUUUCGCCAUAUUCUCAGUACUUGGAUUCCAAGCGCAGCUCAUGGGAGUCAGUGUUGAUGAUGUCGCCGAGCAAGGUCCUGGGUUAGCGUUCGUGGCGUAUCCGGAAGCGCUGCUUCAGAUGCCGAUCCCUCAGUUCUGGUCUAUCAUGUUCUUCUUCAUGUUAUUCAUCCUUGGUCUCGGUAGUCAGUUUGCGGGUAUCGAGGCUAUCAACACGGCUAUCGUUGACCAAUGGCCGCAUCUUAGGAAGAAUUAUUGGAGAGUGACCGCGUUCACUUGUUUCACGUGUUUCAUACUCGGAAUCCCAAUGUGCUUCAGUGGCGGUGUUUACCUGUUUACACUGCUCGAUUGGAACACGGCCUCGUGGGCCGUCCUGCUGAUUGGUAUGGCCGAGUGCGUAGCAGUAGCCUGGAGCUACGGCAUAAGUAAAGUGAUGAAGGACCUGGCCUCCAUGAACAUGAAGUUCAAUAAAGUUCUGCGCUUCUACUGGAUGGGGGCAUGGACCGUCGUUGGACCUGCCGCUAGUGUUGGCAUCCUAAUAUUCAUUUUCGUGGACUGGAAGCCCCCGGCGUACGAAGACUACGUGUUCCCAUUAUUUGCUGAUCUCCUUGGAUGGGCUGUGGGCCUGUCUACUUUGGUGUUGUUCCCUGUGGGAGUUGGUUGGGCGCUGUACCAUGGUUACAGGGGUAAAGAAUUGUUCACACCAACUGCGGCCUGGAAACCAGCGUUCAAGGGCCUCGAUGCGCCUCGCUCUGACUCCAUCAUGACAAUGGAUCCAACUACAGAGGAAGGGCCUUACGACAAUGUUGGUUUUAUUAUGUGAACAAACCCUUAGAUAGUAAGGAACAUCUAGUCAAACGAUUCUGCGAGGUUUAAUCGUUUAGUACUAAACAAUAUUGUAAGACCCAUGUCACACUGCAAAAACGAGCUAAGCUAUGCUAUUAAUAGUUUCUAAGCUAUAUUAUUAGUAAGCAUAAACAAUACGUAAACAAUACUUCUUAUUAUAAAAGGCGUUGUGUUUUUUUGAUGUUUUACAUUAAAUCGCAUCAACUUACUCAUAUAAAAAAAAAUGUCUGUUCAGUAUUUGCAGAGCCAUAAACAGAUAAUAAUGUUGACAAUUUAAAAAGUAUUGUGUAAUACAAUAAUGUUUAUUUUAACUACAUAACAAUUUUCUUCAUAAUGAAGUAAAUUUAUUGUAAGAUUGUUAGUUGACCUAAUUAAUUUCUUAAGCGUUAAUAUUGAAUUUAAAUAUUCCGACAUUCAUUCUGACAUACUUUGAAAAUUAUUAUCGAAUAACAAGUUAAAUAAUAAAAAAAAAACAGGAAAUGCAGUGUAACAUUCACCAUUUCAGUGACAUCAUACAAAGACCUUAUCUUCGGAAUAGUUCAAUAUUAUCUGUUAGCAUUACUCUAAUAACUGUUAUGUAUAUAGCGCAUUAUGUAUAUACUAUAGAUUAAGAAUAUUUUCGACUCUAAUUAAAAUCAAUGCAAUAAAAGUAUUUCAAUAAAGAAAUAGCAUUGAAAUCGCAUAGCAUCGUUUUAGUGGUGUGAUAGUCCCCUUAUUGAACAAUGAAAUUAUUAUAAUUAAGUAUUGGUCUACAAAUAUUUGCAUGAGAAUAACUAGCAAAAAUAUUGAUUAUAAAUGAUUGAAUUAAUUCAUGUCUUAUAGGACAUUAUGUGUAAUGAUAAUAAAAAAAUCAUUGCCGAAAUCUCUAAGAUUUUCAA